UCCAAAAUGGCGGCCACAGACCAUGAGAAGCCGCCUAUGUGCCAGAUAUUCACAUUUAACGACCCCAAAACCUCCCCAGACCCUUUCUAUGAGCUCCCAGCCUCUUGCCUGAGCCCGGCGCCGCUGCCCAUCGUCAUAGAUAACGGCUCGUUCCAGACCCGGGCCGGCUGGGCAGUGUCCGCGCCCGGCCUCGACUCUCCCCGGCUCUCCUUCAGGUCUGUGGCGGCGCGAAGCAGAGGUGCCGCCCGCAGUGAGACGCAGAUCGGGAACGACAUCCCGAGCCUUGAGCCGCUGCGCUGGCUGCUCAAGAGCCAGUUCGACCGGAACGUGGUGGUCAACUUCGAGAUCCAGGAGCUCAUCUUCGACUAUGUGUUCAGCCACCUGGGCAUCAUCUCCGAGGGAAGCGUGGAGCAUCCCGUGUUGGUGACAGAGGCUCCCUGUAACCCUCUGCAUUGUCGGCAGAUGAUGUCGGAGCUGCUGUUUGAGUGUUACCGCGUGCCCUUUGUGUCCUAUGGCAUCGACAGUCUGUACAGCUUCUACCACCACAACCUCCAGCAAAGCACGCCCCCUCCCCACACCGGCAUCGUGUUGUCCUCUGGGUACAGCUGCUCGCACAUCCUGCCUAUCAUCAACGGAAGGGUUGAUGCGAUGAACUGUAAACGUGUGAAUGUAGCAGGAAGCCAGGCUGCGGCGUACCUGCAGCGCCUCCUACAGCUCAAGUACCCCGGACAUGUGGCAGCCAUCACCCUGAGCCGCAUGGAGGAGCUGCUGCACCGGCACAGCUACACUGCAGUCGACUAUCACCAAGAGCUGGAGAAGUGGCGCAGCCCAGAGUUCUAUGAGCGCGAGGUGCACCGGAUGCAGUUGCCCUUCUCUGCUAAAGGCCCUGGGGGUGUGGUGGGUGUGGAAGAGAGGCAGGAGAGGAAGGCCCAGCAGAUGAGACGUCUCCAGGAGAUCAACGCCAGACGCAGAGAGGAGAGGCUACAACAAGACCAGGAGAAGCUGGACCGGCUCUUAGCUGUGCAGGAGCUGCUAGAGGAUGGCCUUGUGGAGCAGUUCCAUAAGAGUCUGGUGGAGCUGAACAUGGACUCUGCUCAGGAGCUGCAGUCCUACAUCCACAAGCUCCAGCUGUGUGUGGAGCAGGGGAGGCUCAGGCUGCAGAGUGAGCCCGCCGAGGGGAAGGCCGAGGUUUUGGAGCUGGAGCAGCCCUUAGACGAGGCAGACGCGGUGGGGUUGAUGGAUUCUGACUUCCCAGAGGACACUCUGCCAGAAAAACCAGCUAAUGUAGUCCAGCCUGUGUUUAACCUGGCUGAGUACCACCAGCUGUUUGUGGGCACAGAGCGUCUGCGCUGUCCUGAGAUCCUGUUCCAGCCCUCCCUCACCGGAGAGGACCAGAUGGGACUGACGGAGACACUGCAAUACGUGCUCGACAGGUACGGUAGUGAGCAGCAGCAGGCGCUGGUGAGUAACGUGUUCCUGACUGGAGGAAACAUGCUGUACCCAGGGAUGAAGCAGAGGGUAGAGAGAGAGCUGCUGGCCAUGAGACCCUUUCAGUCACACUUCAAGGUGAGCAUGGCAUCACGUCCCUCCCUGGAUGCCUGGUACGGGGCGAGGGACUGGGCCUUACAGCACCCUCCUGCUCCGUGUGUGGAGGGCUGGAUCAGUAGACAGGACUAUGAAGAAAAGGGAGGGGAGUACCUGAGCGAACACUGUGCCUCUAACCUCUGUGUCUCACUGAGGAUCGCCAAACCAGCCCCCCCUGUCCCACCAGCCCCACCAGCCCCACCAGCCCCACCAGCCCCACCUGCUCUACUUGCACCACCUGCACCCACCUGCCUGUAGUUCGGAGUCCACGACACCAACAGCACCUGUCGCUACGGAUACAGGGGCCUCCCAUGUCGCCAUGGUCACCUCCUGAACUCUGAUGUGUGGAGUAGUAAGAGAUCGUUCAU